GUUUGAUUGCUGCGGUCUGAUGUUUGAGUCCGUAUGGGUUAUUUUCGCUCUGCUUCCCCGAUGUGCUGCUGUCACUGGAUUAUAAACACAGACAUGAUCACAUCUACGGACGGGAUCGACUGUGGACGCACAUGUGACUAUAUAACGUGCUGGAUGAGAUUCUUUGUGUAGUUUCGGCAAGAUAAAGCUGUGUGAUGGCUUCUGAAGUGUGAUCCAUGACGCCAUGCUCAGACACGGUUGCAGGUGGAGACUAAAUGUGGCCAAAAAAUCGACGCUCUGAGCUCUUUUGAGUGGUGCCAUGACCAGCCAGGGUGGUGACCAUGCAGACACACUAAACCCCCCUUCUUCAUCCUCCUCCUCUUCUCGGUCCUCAGCAGCCCGCAAGCUGCAGGUGCAGCGCUCGCUCUCCCGAGAUACCAUCACCAUACACUUUUCUGCCAAGGGAAAUGAGGAAGAGGAGGAGGAAGAUGAACUCUACAGGCUAGCCGUUUCCCCUUCUGGCCUUGAAACUGAAGAUCAGACUGUAGUCACUGCUCAGGAGGCCAGCGAGGAGCUUCUCUCUGAAGGACUGGAAGCGGACAUGGUUGCAGGACUCUCAUCCCAGACCCACAGUUCUGCUCUGGCUAUACAGCACCCUUCCAUUAGCCUAGGUUGCACAUCCACUUCUAGUCUUGCUAGCUUCUCAUGGCCCUCUGAACAGAGGUCGACUGCCCCAGUACCUUCUACCCAUUCAGCUUCCUCCAGCUCAUCCCCAGCCAAGGCCUCUGGCCUUCCCUCAAAGCCCUUCCUCAGCCUAGUGAAGUCUCUUUCCACUGAGGUGGAAUCUCGUGAGAUUGCUCCCCAGCCAAAAAGGAACCGGCAUUUGAUGAAGAGCCUGGUUAAGUCUUUGUCCACAGACACUGCUCGAUCCGAUCAGGAGGCUUCAACUCAUCGGCCCUCAGAUUCCCGGCUCAAUCUGCACCUCUUCAAACCUUUCACCCAGACUCGUGUUCCUGCUAUCAGUGGAGACUCCAAAACUGCUCCCUCAUCCCCACUCACCUCACCCGAUAGCCGCUCCUUCUUCAAAGUUCAGGAGGUGGAGGCACGUAUUGAAGACACAAAACGGCGUCUGUCAGAGGUCAUGUGUGAGCCCCUUCAGCUGCUCAGCAAAAUCAUUGGUGAGGAACCUGGUGGCAUGACAUCCACAACUGCAGGAGUCUCUUACCGGUCCAGGAACCUUUCCUCCAGCGCCUCUGAACUUUCCAACCUGUCUGCCCUCAAUGGCCACUCAGAAAGCAACAAUAACUACUGCAUCAAGGAAGAGGAAGACCUGGAGGGAGAAAGUCCUCUUGAGGGGCCAACUGUUGAGCUGCCUUUGCACAAAUCACCUUCUCUGGGCUUGAACAGGUGUUUCAUGUCAACGCUUGCUCGUCAAGAAGAUGAAGAGUUUUGCGAGCUCUACACUGAAGACUUUGAGCCCUGCACUGACACAGAGUUAGAUGGAGAAGAGCCUUGUUCAUCCCAAGUCCGACGAGGGAGUACAGAGGGGUGCAGUGAGGAACCAACUGAAGGAGGGGAGGAGGAGGAGGUAGAAGAUGAGCCUCCAGCAGUACCCCACAACGCACUGAUUCUUCUUAUAUCUCUAGUUUACGGCUACUUUGUGUUGCCACUUCCUACAUAUGUGUGUUGGGUUUUGAUGGGAGUGGUGGCAGGUUUCAUGCUAGCGAUUCUGUUGGUGUGGUUGUCAGCAAGAGGCAGAUCUUCAUGUGGCCGUCAUGGCAGCUGGAGCAGAAGAGAGAAAUGGAACAGGGUUCCUCUGGAUAUCAAAGAACCAGUCAUCCACAAGGGUUGGAUGAAUGAGAUCUACAGCUAUGACCCUGAGACGUAUCACGCCACAUUUACUCACUCUGUGUAUGUGCGUCUGGAGGGCUCUGUCCUGCGACUGUCCAAACCUAACCGCAAUAUCCCCCGCCGGGCAACCUUCAACGAGCUCAAAUCUGAUGUUACCUAUGUUAGCCAGAAAAUCUAUGAUCUCACCAACAGUAAGAUCUACCUGGUGCCUCAUAGCCUGGCCAGGAAAAGGGUAUGGAAUAAGAAGUAUCCAAUCUGCAUUGAGCUGGCCAAGCAGGAUGACUUCCUGGCCAAAGUGCAGGGAGAUAAGUCUGACGUGGUGGAGGAGAAGACCCCUGCACCAGGAGACAGGCCCGAGGCUGUAGGCACUAGUGAAGAACCUAAGAGAGCGCACACCGAACCUGUACUGUACCUGUUUGGGAGGACAGGAAGAGACAAAGAGGAAUGGUUUAGAAGGAUUCUACUUGCGUCCAAGUUGAAAUCCGAUGCCAAGAAGCCCUCUGGCCUCCCUACAAGCUGUCUGUCUCAUAGCCGCAGCAGCAGUCAUGGCAGUCUGGAUGAAAUGUUCCAGUCUCAUCCCAGACAAAAAGACCUUGAUGCCAGUGUCAAACAGAAAGUUCUGGAAUACAAUGUCUACAUGGCCAAAUAUGUCAACCAGUCUGCAGGCAGCCCCACCACAAGCCCUGUUCAGAGUGCUGGAAGCAGCCCAGAAAUCAUGAAAAAGUUUCCAGCCAGUCAUGAGCAGGAAUCUGAGUCUGAAGCCUGGGUCAAUUCACUUUUAGGUCGCAUUUUCUGGGACUUUCUUGGAGAGAAAUACUGGGCAGAUGUGGUGUCCAAAAAGAUCCAGAAAAAGCUGAGUAAGAUCAGGCUGCCAUACUUCAUGAAUGAACUGACCCUUACCGAGCUGGACAUGGGAAUAUCUAUUCCUAAAAUCCUCAGCUCCUCCAAACCAUCUGUAGAUCACAGAGGCCUUUGGUUUGACUUGGAGAUCUCGUACAACGGUUCCUUUCUUAUGACUCUUGAAACCAAGAUGAACCUGACCAGACUGGGAAAGGAGGGGGAAGGCCUUGGAGAACAGGGAAAAGAAGGACCCAGACCACGCACUUACUUCCUAGCUGACAGUGAUGAAGAGUCAUCGAGUGCAGGAUCUUCUGAUGAGGAAGAUGCUGUGGAAGUGCCUGAAAUUCCAGGAGUGGAAGGUUAUGUUGGGGGACACAGACCCAGCAAAAUCAUGCUCUUUGUGGACAAGAUUGCCAAGUCUAAGUAUUUCCAGAAAGCCACAGAAACCGAGUUCAUUAAGAAGAAGAUAGAGGAGGUCUCCAAUACGCCACUGCUCCUGACGGUGGAAGUUCAGGAGUGUCGAGGAACACUAGCUGUCAACAUUCCACCACCUCCAACAGACAGGAUAUGGUAUGGUUUCAGAAGGCCUCCUCAUCUGGAACUGAAAGCUCGGCCUAAACUGGGCGAUAGAGAGGUUACUUUUGCUCAUGUGACCGACUGGAUAGAAAACAAACUCAAUCAGGAGUUUCAGAAAAUAUUUGUAAUGCCAAACAUGGAUGACGUCUGGCUGCCUAUCAUGCACUCUGCCAUGGAUACGCGUUCCAAUGCCAAUGCCUUGACAAAUGAAGAAUCCUUGGACCCUAAGGAGUCCCUUGAGGACAUGUGAAGAUUAGUUACUGUAUCAAACAAAAGAUAAACACUUCAGUCCCAUGAGGGCAGGACUGUACCUGAGUUGAAAAUUACAGGUGCCAUAUUGCCCACUGAAUAGAGCUGUGAAAAAUCUGAACACAUCAAUAACUAAAAGAAAGGACAAUAUUGCUUGCUUGCGAUUUGUUCGGGACAGUAUGAAUAUACAUGGUGUUGGGCCUCAAACAGGAUAAAGAGGUUUUAGUGACAUACUAAAAUGCAUAGAGGUGAUGUUGAACAACUCGUGAAGAAGCAGUAGAAGACUUAUAUGUGACGGUAAAGUGUAUGGAACGCUACCUCUGUUUGAUGCACGCUGACUUACCAGACGUCCUAGUGUCGCAUGAUAGAACCUAAACUCGGCAGAUAGAAAUGCAACCCGAGGGCUUUCACUAGACUUUUGGUAUGACAGGGUGCCUGCAAACCACCUGGAGGGUUAAAGCAUUUGGGGGCGUGCAUCCUUGGGAUGUAUAGAAUGUGCUAUAAAUACCAGUAAUGGAUGAAUCUGGUCAUUUUAACAAACUCUAAGCCAAAAGGGGGCAUUUCUGAGAUUUGCACCUAUUUAUGAUUUUCUCGUGAUUGUCAUAUGCUUCUAGCAGCAAAUAACUCAUUAGAUACAAGUUACAACAGACCUACUAGUACCACCAUUAUCCUCUUCCAUUCACCGCUGCCUGAGCCCUAUGUGUGGCAUCUGAUUAUGCAAUUAGAUCAAUUUCACUGUGCUCAAGAGGGACACCAGCCAAAUAACCUCUCAUCCCUAAGCCAUCCCUCCUCAAGCGGACUAUUUUAGAGGAUAAGGGUUCAAGAGCUUUCUAAGCGAGAUCUCUCCAAUCAUCACCCCUCUGCAAUGGCCGUAGAUCAGUGGUUCUCAAAGGGUGAGUCACAGGUCUGUUCUCAGACAACUGCAGGGAUUAAAGGUACAAAGUUAGGUCAGCAAGGUAAAUAGGCCAAUCUUUUAAAAGAGAGGGGAAAGACUUUUCAUAUGCUUCUAAAGUUUGAAUGUCAUCUAAUCAACCCUGGCAUAUUUUGGUACAAAUUCAUGUCACAGAACUCAAACAGAUCUAUUUGUGGAGCAUCCUAAAGGCAAAUUCACCAUAGGUUGUAAUUUCUACUGGAUUUUAGAAAGGUAUUUUAUGACUGUUUAUGAAGUAAAAUAAGAUCUGUGGUGAACAUUACAUAAGACGCUUUCACAUUUUUACAUAAAUUACACUGAAAUGUGAAUUUCAAGCCAUUGUGUUUUUCAUAAAUUUAAGUUGCUAAAAGAGUAUGUUCCGUAACCUAAAUGUUAAAAAAAAAAAUAAAAAAAUUCUCUUCAGGGUUUUUGAACUGAAGAUUGAACAGACAGACAGAUGCUAAUGGACUGUAUGUAUGGCCUGUCCUCGCCUUUAAAAACCAUUAAUGAAACUGCACAAGGUGUAUAAAAUACAACCCGACUACAU